UCCAAAAGGACAGAGUUUUGUUCCAGAGCACCAUUUUCGUUCACAGAGUACAGUGCACCUGGAACAGAGAAGACGGACAAUGGAUUUGAAAUCAUUGACUUCACUUGACAAUUCUGAUGGUCAAGGCAAAGACAACCUUGGAUUUGAUCUAAAUGAAGAAGGUCAGUCUUGUAGGGUUAAGACGUACCCUACCCAGACCUCCACAUCGUUCUCAAGUGGAAACGACACCGACCACGCUGUGACUGAACUGCAGGGAGAAGGUCAGACUAAUGGGAUUAAUAACGACCCUCAUGACAGCUCUACUGCACAUCGGUAUUGGAGUAAGAUUUCCCAGCCAUUUUCCAAAGCUAAGCGGUACUGUAAAUCUCGUGGUCGACUGAUAAAGAACAUCAUUCUGGCAGUGCUCGCUGCAGGUUACUUGGCGUAUUUCAUUGCAGCCUGUGUGCUGAAUUUUCAUCGAGCUAUAGCUCUUGUGGUUCUCACAGGCCUGGUUGUGUUCUUCAGUCUCUAUGACCUAGUGAAGAAGAAGUGGGGGAAACAAAUAUGCAAGUGCUUUAAGCCUGUUGGGCAGUGUUUCAGGAACAACCUGAGGUGGAUGAGAUGGGUAUUCAUAGUGAUUGUUCUGGGUCUGCUGGUGGCCUGGCUUGUUGUGGACACAUCAAAAAGACCAGAGCAGCUGAUAUCUUUUGCGGGAGUCUGCAUGUUCAUAUUGCUGCUCUACAUCUUCUCAAAACACCCCAAAAAAGUAUCAUGGCGAGCCCUUUUCUGGGGGCUAGGUAUGGAAUUUGCUCUUGGCCUCUUCAUAAUCAGGACCAAUCCAGGAUUUGUGGCCUUUGAUUGGCUUGGAAAACAAGUACAGAUAUUCCUGAACUACACAACAGCUGGGUCAGGAUUUGUUUUUGGAGAUGCCCUAAUAAACCAAGCCUUUGCGUUUCAGGCAUUGCCUAUAGUGGUUUUCUUCAGCUGUGUGAUGUCUGUGCUGUACUACCUUGGAUUGAUGCAGUGGCUGAUUGUGAAGAUCGCAUGGAUAAUGCAAAAAACAAUGGGGACUUCAGCCACAGAGUCUCUUAGUGUUGCAGGAAACAUAUUUGUGGGACAGACCGAGGCGCCCCUCUUGAUCCGGCCAUACUUACCCGAAAUGACCAAAUCUGAGAUCCAUGCUGUGAUGACUGGAGGUUUUGCUACCAUUGCGGGCAGCGUACUGGGAGCCUACAUCUCCUUUGGAAUUGACGCCUCUGCCCUGAUUGCUGCGUCUGUGAUGGCAGCACCGUGCGCCCUGGCUCUAGCCAAGCUGUCCUACCCAGAAACUGAGGCAUCCAAGUUCAAGAGCGAGAAAGAAAUCAAAAUAGACGUUGGAGAUGAGAAGAACAUUUUGGAGGCCGCCAGCAGUGGAGCUUCAGCCUCUGUUAGUCUCGUAGCCAAUAUUGCUGCCAACUUGAUAGCUUUCCUGGCCCUGCUGGAGUUUAUGAAUGCAGCUCUGAGGUGGCUGGGAGGGAUGGUCAAUUACCCUAAACUCACCUUCCAGCUCAUAUGUUCAUACAUCUUCAUGCCAGUGGCCUUCAUGAUGGGCAUACCCUACGAGGACUCCUUCAUAGCUGCGGAGCUCAUUGGCACCAAGCUCUUCCUGAAUGAGUUUGUGGCUUAUGAGAAGCUGUCUGUCCUGAAGAAAAACAGGCUUAAUGAUCUUGACAAGUGUAUCAAUGGAGAGCUGCAGUGUAUCUCAGUCCGAGCAGAAACCAUCUGUACUUAUGCUCUCUGUGGGUUUGCUAACUUCAGCUCGCUUGGAAUCAUGAUUGGAGGACUGUCUUCUAUAAGCCCUACCAGAAAGAGUGACAUCGCAGAAGGUGUUCUCAGAGCCCUGUUCACAGGAACCUGUGUGUCUCUGGUUAACGCUUGCAUUGCAGGGGUUUUGUUUGUUCCACCAAGUGACUGUAUUCGUGUUUUUCAAAACUCCACCUUCAGCAGCACGACCCCAGACCUCGAUUCCUGCUGUUUGGAUCUUUUUCAAAGCACCUCCUGGAACAACGGCACUGCAGGCUUUGACGAGGCGUGGAAUGGAGUGCAGAAUGCUGCUCAGUAUUUACUCAAUUGCUGUAACCUCUAUAACAGCACUGCUUGUACUGCCCUGUAAAUGUUUCCUCUGUCGCCUGCGUGUGACCCCCUGUGGUUACCAUUUUACUCUCCCUUUAAGAUGGUGAAACAAAACUGCCACCCUUCCGUGCUUUCAUCCACCCCCCUCUCCAUCUGCACAGUGUUGGAAAGACACUUUUCCAUGUGGAACUCGCAGCAACCAGCAGGCUGCCCCAGAAGCACUGGGAUCAAGGCAGGACUGAACACAUUUGCCUGUCCAUUUGGAUCGAUAUAGAGAUCCUGUUUUCCAAUAUACGUUGUUGUCAGAGUUUCCACACAUCCACGCACUCGCCGCCACAUUCCAAAGCACUCUUGUCACUCCAAUUAAUCUAUUAACCAACCACCCUCCCCCUCUGUCCUGCUUAAACCUUUCCACCACACCUCUCGAUGCUCACUAUUGAGUUCUACUCACCCGAGCCACCCCUUUCACCGCCUGCUUGUCUUGCUACCUUUAUUGGAUAAUGAAUACGGCCUUCCUCUGACUACGGACCUGCCUCGUGAAUCAGACUUGGAGAUCUCUCCAGAAUCCUGGUUAACGAAUACUGCCUUCCUCUGACUACGGACCUGCCUCGCCAAUCGGACUUGGUUUUCAGACUCAGCCCUCUGGAUAACGGAUCUCGGCCCUCCUUCCUGACCACAGUGUUGUUUUACGAUUUGGACUUGGGUGAUGGAUCACGCACUCUCUCACUCCUGCUCCGCACAGGGUCCUAAACUACGCAUCAUGACAGUUCUGGGAUUUACCAAUAAUAUUCUCAACUCUUCACCUUUUGCAUUUUGUUUUAAAUGCACUUUAUUUAUAAAAGCUUGAAUGAAAUUAAAAAGUAUUUUUUAAAACUUUUUAUUUAAAAAAUUUCCAGCUGUGCUGAAAUUCAGUUCAAUUUGUUUUUAUUUGGUAUAGUGCCCUUGUCAUAGAAGGACUUUGCAUUUUACAAUGGUCAAUUAGUAUAUUAUAAAAGGAGUAAUACACAGAACAAAUGCAUUAGCAUUUGGUAUUUAACAGGACAAAACAAAACAAAAGAGGUUCAGUUUCUCAGACAAAUUGAGAGCAACUGGUCGAGAGAUUUAGUUUUUAUUUUCUUUUGCAGUACUGGUCAUAUCAUUCAUAAUGCAUUUUGUGUGCUAAAUGAUCAGCCUUCCCUUUCUGAAAAUGCACAUUUCAUUGUUGAAAUUAAAUUAUUGCUUUUCUUAAGUUUGUUUAAAGGUUCUAGUAUACAUAUUCCUGUACUAAUUAAAUUGUUUUUCAUUAACGGUGUUUCCCUCCCUGUGUUAUCAAACUGCAUGUGAGUCUGUCACAGAGUCUGUCCAUAGGCUAUGAAAAGAGGGAGUGUUGUGUAGACAGAGUCACGUUGCAGAGUGAAAAAUCAGUGUGUGGGCAACAGGUGUCAAAGACCAUGUUGACUUUAAAUUUGCAUAGAAUGGCCAGUUUCUUGGUGAGGGUGGUGCAUUUUGUGUUUCCUUGUUCUUGAGCUCCCCUCUGAUCAAAGGUCUUCCUGGUGCAGACACUGGUUAAUUAUUAUUAUUCUUAUUAUUCUUCUUAUUAUUAUUAUUAAUUACCACACAGCUCAGAGGUGUCUGAUCGCAAGACACUUCUAACUGCCUCUCAGGUGCUCCAGAACAGGCUAAGAAUAGAAAAUGCAUCGUUACACCAGGUUAUCAAUGAGCUACCAGCAGUUAGCUCUGCUGACAAGUCAUUAAAGAGACACUUCCAUCCCCUCGAGAACGGGUUCUGAGACCAUGCCAGGGGGCUUCGUGAACCCCAUACUGGAGGACUUAUGGGGGCACUGACAGGAUACAAUUGAGGGGUGUCAUAACCGCUGCAUGUGGUACAUCCUUGGAGAGAAACAAGUAGUGAAACAGCAAUCUAACAUGGUCAGGCAGCACUGGGAGCAGCAAGGCAGCCAAGCAAGGUAAACAAGCAGGCAAACACAGUCCGGGAGCGAACUCAGGAACAAAGCAAAGAUCAUAGCCGGUAGUAGACACAGUAGAAAGAUACCGUGGCGGAGUCAGGAGUCCAGGAAACACAAGGUUGGAAAAACAGAAACUUUAAGAAAGGCUCUGAACCAACACUACACCAGAGUGAAGAGGACAGCCAGACUACACCUUUAAUAACCUGAGCCACCUGAUGCGGGCAUUGUCGUAAGUCCCAUGUCUGAUUACAUACCCAUUACAACUGGCAUGACUGACAGGUGAGUGGAGGUGUGGCCAACUGCCGUGGCAAUACUAACUCACUCCACAGCUCUCCAGCAGGGUUGAGCAUGACACAGGAGACACAGACUGCAGCACUGCACUGAGGACUGGACUCAGAUACUAGUUACUUUACAGAGAGCAGCGGACAAAGACCCCAGCAUCAUCUUCCUCCCCCGCAACCAAAGCUGGAUUCGGAAAAAAAAUGGGUAAGCAGAGAGCAUGACAGGAUGCUUGAGACCACUGAAGGACCGCAGAGUUUAAUCCCUGACUGGCUUCAGGAGAUUAAUGCUGCUAGACUUUUCCUUUGGGACACUGAUGACGAGCAGCAGGGUGAGCUAGCAUUGGCAGUCGGUUAUAUCACCGUCCGAUCCAUCUCCCGGGGCUGGUUGCCCCAGAAGUCAAUUGACAGGAGAUCCGGACCACCUGGAAACAAUCUUAGGUCAUGCCCAUUUCAGAUGGUUCAGAAAAUACUUGGAGCCGACAGCUUGGGGCUCUGUCACAGAGUUCAGUCUCUGAGCCCCUCGAGUCCAUAGUUCCCGUUUUCCUAACUUUGCCUGACUUUUGCCUGCCUUCCUGACUGCUGCUGUGAUUUGUACUUCAUUCCCGGGUUCCCCCUUGGCUUGCUAAUUCACCCUCUUUUGUUCUGGACUUGUCCUUGCUACGAACUGCAUGUUGCCGGGUUUCCUUGAUUUUGACCCCUGCAUUAUCCUGACCGUGGCCUUUGGAUUCCCCCCUCUGCUUUAGACUGUCUCGUCACUGGCUUUGACCCCGAUCUCGAUCCCCAGUUGUGCUUGUCCAUGAUCUUGGACUAUGCUCAUUUCCUGGUUUCUUACCCUGCUGCAUCCUGCUAGCUGUGCACAAUGCUGCACGUCCCCGAGUCCUAGCAGGCUUCAGCACCACUCAGUCUGCAUACAGCUGCCUGCGCAGUUCCAUGUGUGUGUGCGCCCUGCCCAUGUACUGUAGUUUCCUGUGUGUGCUGACCAUGUAGUUUCCUGUGUGUGUGCCUCUUGCCUGCACAGUUCCCUGUG